CACUGCAACCGGCAGGGCUCCAAAACCUGCCCCAGCCACUCUGACGCCUGCGCUGUGGUCCGCGGCCACGGAAGUGGAGUCAUGAAGUCUUGCUCCUACAAAUCCUUCUGUAACCAGGCUAACACUCAGGGAUACCGAGCCCCAGGGGUCAGAGCUCACUGCUGCUUCACCGAUAACUGCAACGUGUCGGGCGGUGCCCCGGGGCUCAGCAGCGGGCUCAACGUUCUGCUGGUCCUCCUCCCCAUUUCACUACACCUGCUCUUUAUUUAACCGCCCCUAUUGCCCUCUCACACCCCCCACACCAUGUCAUUUUACAGUCAUGGAUAACCUGGCUACUCAAAAAAAACCUCCUUCUGAACCUGCUGUCAUCUCACGUAACUACCCCCCAGACACUCCCUCCACACCUUGCUGGUGCAUAGGCGAUGGCCAUUCCGUAUCGCAAACGCGUCUGACCCGGUCACUCUAGCGCCCCCCUCUGGCUUAACAGGGCCACUCAGUUACUGGCCAAAAGAAGACUAACCUCACAACCCGGAGCACUCGCCGUCUUCCUGCCCUCCGCCCCAUUGCCUCGUCCACCCCUAAGCCCCUCAUCGACCACAGAACAGGCCCCGCCCCCGCCGUGUCACUCUCCCAAGCCCGGCCGUUAAACCCAUCACUGGCAUUACCGCAGCCAUGACGACAUGUCAGCCCGUGUGACACCAGCCAGAAGCUUAACGACGUGCUGAGACGUGCUGAAUGUAGAGGAUGUUUUGGGUUCUUAGUGCUUCCACAGUGGGUUUGCAGCCAAAAGGUGACUGUGUGGAGUGGUUGAGAAAACACUAGCUGAACGGGGGGAGGGGGGGGGCAGAUGAGAUGUGUAUUUAGAUUCCUUCCGCAAGAAAGGCGGAUGUGCUAGCACUUCCCUACCUGUUAAUUAAUUAUCAACAGUGUCUCUCCCUCUCCGUUCUGUAUAUAUCUAUGUGUUUUUAACACCAGCUGGCUUAUAAGGCUAAAAAAAAAAAAAAGAAAAGAAGAACUCACAGUGCGCUUUUUAAAGUCACAAGCCUCUUAGGCUCUCUGGUCAGGUGCUCGAGGCCACGCUAAUCCGGCCCUCCUAGAAGCCGUUUAAAGAUUUACGAGGUUUCUACUGGAACUCACCCCACAGCCGCAGGCUCCAGGAUGCACUGCAUGCCAAACACGUGCGGGAGAAAGGGAGAGGGGGUCAGAGAGAAAGACAGGUGGUGCAAAGGUAUGGUUUCUCACAGGACGCUGUUGUGUGUUUAGGACUCAGCACUUGCAAAUACAAAGGUGACAGGCUGUAAAUAAAUAAAUAAGUAAGUAAAUAAAUAAAUAAAUAAACGAUGAGUGAAGAAGAAUAAGUGGAAGGAACGUAGGAAGACGUACUCUCUUUAAAGUGACAAAAAAUAAAGUGCACCAAAGGCUGAGGCUGCAGGGAUUUUUGUACAACACAUCCUUUGUUUAUUUCCUUUCAGAGCUUUUUGUUAUUUUUCCUAGACUCCUCAGGAAAAAGAUUAGAAAUCGAUGAGAAAUUGAUUACCGAGUAAUUAACCAGAGAUGUAUCAAUAUUUUUAAAAAACCUCUUUCUGCCACAUAAUGUUCUCUUUAGUCCAGUGUAAAUAUAACCAAUAAAAAAUAGCAUCUUUUUUCCGUA